UUCUAUGGUUCGUUCGGUGGUAACAGAACGUCGUUGUUUUAGAUGCUUGUAGCACUCUGAUCGUGCCCCAUCGUUAAAAAUUCGUUUUUUUUUUAAUUUAAUGUAACAUUUGUUCGGGUAAAUUAACACUUUUGGUGUAUUUUGAAUAUAUUACUUAUUGUCGAAUACUUAUUUUUUCGUUGUUUACAUUUUUCAGUUCUAAGUGUUUUUUAUCAGUGUACUUGCCGGUCUUUAAAUAUUCAUAGCCUACGUAAUAUAUCUCAACGGACGUUUCUUUUACGUUUUCCUAAAAGAACUUGUCAAACCAAACGUUUGUCAAGAAAGUGUGCGUGACGAUACACAGUGUAUAGUGCGCGGUUUAUUCAAUUGUCGAAAUUAUCAUUUUCAACUAGAUCACUCGGUUUAAUUUAAGUAGCUUAAGUAAUAAAAAAAAUGGGAGCAAGACAAAGCAAAAGAUCAGUAGACAUAUCUGCAGGUGCCACCAAGGCCGAAAAAGGACCUAGUGGCGAACCAUUGGAAAACGGUACUAUUACUUCAGCUUCCGUCGACGAGAAACAAAUUGUCGAAGCUAAUGGCGGUACGGUCGAAGAAACGCCCAAACAAAACGGAUCCACACCACACGUGAACGAAAAGGAAAAUAACGAAACAGCAACUGCUCCAGCUGAAGAAGCCAAGGAACCCGUAAAAGUCGAAGAAGAAAAAUCGACAGAACCUGUUGUACCCGCUGCUGAAACAAAUGGUGACUUGGACACAACUGCCGACGAAUCUGUCAAGAGCCCAACAGAAGAAUCAGCUACGACUGAUGAAGCAGAAAAGAAAAAACGCAAGAAGAAGAAAGCGUGGUCAUUCAGAAGUAUUAGUUUCUCCAAAAAAGACAAGUCUAAGCCAGCCAACAAACAAUCGCCCACCAAAACAAAAGAUGCAGUACUUGAGGUGGCUGAAGAUGAAGUAGCGAAAGAAGAAGAAACCGAAACAUCAGCAGCUGUUGAAGCCCCAAAAGUUGAAGAAAAAGCUAAAGAAGAACCCGAAGUUAAUAGCACUCAGACUACUGAAGUUCCACCUCCUUUGCCAAGUAGCCCUCCCCCAGUAGAGGCACCUAUUAUUGAACAAACUUCAGCACCUGUUGAAACAGUUGCCCCUGUUGAAACUCCAAGUCCACCAAAACCUGAAGAAAAACCUGAUAUUUUACAACCUGAACAAUCUGAAGAUGAUACUGUUGGUGGUGGUGAAGGAUUGGCUGAACCUCCUGAAGGAUUAAAUACUUCUGAUAUUGAAAAAGAAGUAGCUGAAGUACCUUUGGUUAAUGGAAAUCACGUAGAACAUGAAGAAUCAUUGCCUUCCUCUCCUAAUGUUGAAUCUGUUACAGAAAAAAUUGAAGCUAUCAAAAUUAGCAAUGCAAUUGAAUCUAAUGAUGUACAUCAUGAAAUUUCACAUGAAGUUAAUGGAAUAAAUGAUGCAGUAGCAGUCUCAAAUUCAAAUGAAGUCACUUGUUCUGAUGCUAAUUGCAACGGUACAGAUGACUAAGGCUGGUCUCAUAAUAAUAUUUCUCUAACCAUUGAACUUAAUGUUGACAUCAGUUUUCAUAAAUUACUUAAUGUUAUUACCUACUACUUUACAUAAAAAAGAAAAAUUUUAUUUUUUAAUUUUGCUAAUUAUUUUUAUAAUCUAUCAACGUAUAAAAACACAUUCCCAGUUGAUAUAUUGUAAAUUAAUUUGUCCUGAAGAAUAUUUUUAUACCUAAUUUUAUAAACCUUAACAAGCAAACAAUUUUUCUGUUACAAAACUUGCAUUUUGUAAAAUUAUUUAAAUAGGCUGUUUUUAAAUAUGAAUAUAUUUUUUUUUAAUUAUUAUUAUUAUUAUUAUUAUUAUUUAUUAUUACUGUCUUAGAUUUUAUAAAUUUAAAAAUUACGCAACAAAAAAAUAUAUGUAUAGAAAAACAAUUACUAUUUAGUUGUUGUGCUUAAAAACAAUUUAAGGUAAAAAUAAAAAUUUUACUUCUUUUGAUAAGAAAAUGUAAAACGCUCAAUUUUUAUUAUUUUAUACUACAUUCUGGACCAAUUAUAAUAUUUUUAAUACAGAAACAUUAAUUUAUUUUCUUAAAAAUAUAUACAGAACAUGUAAGCAUGAUCAAAUUUUCUACAUUAUUUAAUAUACAUUUUAGCAUAUAUUUGUAUUUAUUUUAAUUUAAAAAUAUUUAUGAAAUGUUAAAAACAUAAACUUUUGUUAUCAUUUUUAUAUCUGACCCAAAAGUAAAAAAUUAGAAUUAUUUAAUAAAAAUGUUGUGAAUUUUAGUUGUAAUAUCUUUGGUAUAAUGUCCAAGCGCCUAUAGUGUAUAAGGAAUUUUGGACACAAAGUGAUACUUUACAUCAUACAUUAAAACCUUCCCUAGGCGUUUUUACUGUAUAUUAUAUUAUUAAUAUUACUAUUACUACAUGUAUAGUUACUUCAAAUUAUUAUCUUUUAGGUAAUAUAGAUAUUCAAAGCAAAUUUUUAAAAACCUAAUUAGACUUAAAUUACUUUUUUUAUAUUAAAAUAAAAAUUUAUAUAUUAUAUGUACAAGAUUUUAUUGCUCCAAAUUAAGCUGAUAAUUUUUUAUAUAUAUUAUGUUUUAAUACUGUUUCACACUUUUAUAAAAUAAUUUUACCAUAAUAAUUAAAAACAUAAUUUAUAUUCAACUAUAUGUAAGCUACUAUCAAAUUUUGUUGGAAAAUUUUUUUAUUGAUUAACGGAAUUUAGUGUUGUUAUUUUAGCUCAAACCUAUUUGUCGGUGUAUAAAAAAAAAUUAUUGUAAAUGUUAGCUUAUUAGAUUGUUCUCUUUAUUUAUUUUAUUUGACUUCAAAAUUUUAUUUCGUUCAUAUUUUUAUAUAUACAUUAUCAAGAAUUAAGUGUAUAUUUAUCUAUAAGAACUUUUUGUAAGUUAACAUUAAAUUUAGUAUAUUCAAUUGUGUCUACUAUAUAUAUUUAUAUAUUAUUGUGUUGAUAUCUAUAGAUUUAAGUCUUGUAUUUGUCGUUUUUAUGAUAAAGUGACAUUAUGUGUGUGAAUAAUUUAUCAUUUAAUUAAUGAUAAAUUAUUGAUAUAGAUAAUAUUAAGCUUAUUCAAGCCAUCUCUAUUGUAGAUUUAGAGUAUUAAUUUCUACUAGCUUAUGUAUAUGAACAUAUUUUUCAUGAUUAAUUACUUAAUUUAAAAUAAUUAGAAUUUUUUUAUUUCUAUGCAAUCCUAAUAUUUAUCCUGUUUGUGAACUAUGACUAAAAUGACAUGAUAUUUAA